UUAAUAUAAAUGUUAAUCAUCAUCAUGGAUAUGAUUGAAGAUGAAAUCUUACCGGAUAUUGUUGAUUUAAAUAUGAUUGAACAAUCAUCAUCAUCAUCAUCAUCGUCAUCAUCAAUAAUGGCAUCAUCAAUUAUUGAUGCAUUAUGGACACCUGGUUUUAUGCAUCAAACAAAUGAAACAACUUAUGUUUAUAUUGAAAAUCCACAUGAUAUGAUCGAUCCAUUUCAUUCGAAUCAGAAUUUUAUGGCCAUUGUAUUGACACAUGCUAUAACGUUUAUUGUUGGCGUUAUCGGUAAUUCAGUAGUGAUUGCUACAUGGGCUCGUGGUGGAAAAAUUCGUUCACCGACGGCCACUUUUCUUGUAUCAUUAGCAUGUGCUGAUCUAUUAUUGCUCAUAAUAUUUAUGCCACUUGAAACAUUGGAAUAUUUUGUCAUCACAUGGGAUUAUAAUGGACAUAUUUGUAAGCUAAGUUCAUUCGUUGAAUUAUUAUCGGGUAUGUCAUCCAUAUUGAAUUUAGUGGCCGUUUCUGUUGAAAGAUUUUUAGUGAUAGUAUAUCCGAUCCAUGCAAGACGUUGGUGUACGGUGACAAAAUCCAGACGUAGUCUCAUAUUUGUCUGGUUAUUGGCCAUUAUAUUUGCUGCACCACCUGUAUUUAACAAGAGCACUUAUUCAAUGACCUAUUAUAAUAAUGAAACAGCUAUAACAGCUUAUUAUUGUUUUGAAAAGAAUGAUAAUUGGGCAAUAUAUUUUGCCAUUUAUGAAUUGUUAACAUUAUUCAUAAUACCUGCAUUGCUCAUGAUGUUCUGUUAUUCACGUGUAAUACGUGAAUUAUGGACAUCAACACGUGUGAUUACUAUAUUGACAAGUGCCACUAAUGGUUAUCAUCAUCAUCAUCAUCAUCAUCCAGUACAUUCGGAAGCAACAUCAAAUCAUUUAAUGCCAAAUCAUAAAUCGGCCAUUAGUGAAACACAAUCAAUAGGAGGAAGUGUUGUUAAUAAUAAUAAUAAUAAUAAUAGUAAUGGUAAUGGUAAUGAUCUAACUAAUGGCACUAAUAAUACUAGUAGUGGACCACGUAGUUAUCUAGUACGAUGGUCAAAUAAAAAAAUGAUUGAAAUAUCAAUCAAUUGUGAACCAUCAUCGAAUAUAUCAAAUUCAUCAAGUUCUAGUUCACGAGCAAUUGCCAUAAUGACACCUACAAAUGCGACAGGAUUAUUUGUGAAUAAUAAUUCCAAGAAUAAUAAUCAUAGCAUCAUAUUGGAUGAACCAAAACCGGUUGAUAAUGAUAAAGAAUCGAAUAAUAAUUCAAUUAUUAAAAUUUUUCAAUAUAUUCGUGCCAUAUUACAACGUAUGAAAAUUAUUAGCUGUGAUCAUCAUUAUUGUUGUCAAACUAAAUCACUGAAUGGUAUAACAAUUGAACAAUCAAUGAAAUCAAUACCAUCAUCACCAUCACAACAAAAUCAUCAACGAUUCUCACAUUUAUCGGCUUCAUCGUCCAUAAUUAAUUAUCAUGGCUGUAAUAAUAAAGUACAAUUAGAUAGGCAAGAAUCAACGAUGCAAUCGAAUCAAAAUAUAGGAUCAAUAUCACGAAUUCAUGAUUGGUUUGGUAAUCAUCGAAAAUUGAACAAACAAUCAUCACCAAUAGAGGAUAAUCAAUCAUCAUGUUUGGGUCAUUAUAAUCAAUCAUCAUCGAUGAUCGGUAUACCGGCACCGGCACCAACACCAACAGUGAAUUCCAGCGAAUACAAUACAUCCACUGUUACCGAUGUUCGUAAUGCACGACGACAGCUAUACUGUCAAGUGAUAAAAAUGUUAUUGUUCAUUGUGAUAUUAUUUCAUGUUUGUUGGGGACCAAGACUAAUAUUCAAUGUAAUCAAAUCGACUGGAAUCGGUCAAUUCGAUAAAUUUGCAUAUAGUGCAAGAGUUUAUUUUUAUCUUUUAUCUUUUAUACAUUCUGCAUUGAAUCCAUUUGUUUAUGGUUUUAUGUCUUCCAAUUUUCGACGAAUGAUGAUGAAUUCGUGUAAUCAUCAUCGACAUAGACAUCGUUAUCGUAAACAACGUACCGGUACAUUAACACCAGUGAAUAAUUCAUUAGCUGAAGCAAUGGCUACAACAUCUUGUUUGCCUAUGGCACGUACAGGUACAACCACUGGUUAUAAAACAACACAACAAGCACAAUCAUUUUCAACGGAAAAUUAUCAUUAUAAUCAAAAUCAACAAUCAUCAUCAUCAAUAAAACAGAAUUCACAUUCAGAAAUUUCUGAUUCAUUUUCAUAUGCUGAAGCAGAAUUAUCACAGACACCAUCUACUGUUUGUAGUCAUAGAAUAUCAACUACAUCGGUUGAAUUUCGUAAUCAUCAUCAACAUCAACAUCAUCAUCAUCAUCAUCAUCAUCAUUGUCGUCAUCAUAAUCAUUUUCAUGAUAAUUGUAAUAUCAAUAAUGAUAGCCACAGUGAAAAUCCAGAUUAUAGUGAGGUUGAAAUGGAAAUUAAUCAAAUGAUUGAUCAAAAAAAACAACAACAACAACAACAACAACAACAACAAAAACAACAGCAGCAACAAUCGACCAAUUUAAUUGUUUCAAAUUUCAAAUAUCCAAAUCGAUUAAAACGAAUGUUAUUUUCAAUGAAAUCACCUUCCACAUCAUCAUCAUCAUCAAUAUCAAAUGGCAUAAGUAUUGUAAGUGGUAAUGGGGCAGCAGCCGCCGUAGGCAGCGGACGACGAAAAACGAUAACAACAACAACAACAACAACAACAUCAACAACAAAGCCGGAUAAUCGAAAUAGCCGACAAUCGGAGGAUAAUGAACAUAUGAAAUCAGUGGCCAUAGAACAUCGAUCAUUACCAUCUUUAUUUUUUAAACGACAAAAUAAUCAUCAUCAACAACAACAACAGCAACAAUCGAAACGUUUUAAUCGAAUAAAUCAGGCAAAUAAUUUGAAAAAAUUUAAUCAAACAAAUGAGAAUGGAAAGAAAUGUGUCAAUUCUUGUCAAUCAUUGUUUUCACAUUAUUCAUUAUCGACAACAAAAUAUGACCAUAAACAACAACAACAACAACAGCAACAGCAACGACGACAAGGCCAUAAGAAUAAGAGUUCCUAUUAUUAUGAACAUUCAUUUUGAAACAUGAGAAUAAAUGAGACAAAAAAAAAUUGUAAAAUCUGUCAUCAACGUAAACAC